CCGGCCCCCGCCCGCUCGGGUCACGUGGCCGCUGAGCGCUCGCGGCCUGUGGGGAGGACGAACGCUCGGUUCGGUGGGGUCUUGGGCUGGAGCGGCCGGCGGCCGGCGGCGGGAUGGAGUCGACCUUGGAGCAGCACUUGGAGGACACAAUGAAGAAUCCCUCCAUUGUCGGUGUCCUGUGCACAGACUCACAAGGGCUGAACCUGGGCUGCCGUGGGACCCUAUCAGACGAACAUGCUGGAGUGAUCUCUGUUCUAGCUCAGCAGGCAGCUAAACUGACCUCGGACCCCACUGAUAUUCCCGUGGUGUGUCUGGAAUCUGAUAAUGGGAACAUCAUGAUCCAGAAGCACGAUGGUAUCACUGUGGCCCUGCACAAAAUGGCCUCUUGACACCUCCUGCCUGUCUCCAGCCACCUGGCUGAAGAAGGAUGGGGACCUCCUUGUGGCAGAGCCGAUCGUGUUCUGAGACCACAGAGCCAGUUCAACUUUGUACAUAGAAUUUUGUUAUGUUCAAUAAAUCUUAUUGGAGGAAAGCUUG